CUCCUCCACAGCAACAGUGUCUACAAUAUUAAGAGGUUGUUUGCUUCAGAAGCACGGUGAGAAAGCCAUCUUUGCUAACGACUGAUAGAGAGAACCUGGACUAAAUCAUCAAGCAACAAUUUCCUUUCCAAGGUGUCAGUUCUGCUUCUAGUCCAGGAGUUUCCCCUCAGAGCAACAUGACCAGCAAUCGGAGACUGCAGCAGACCCAGGCUCAAGUGAAUGAGGUGGUAGACAUCAUGCGGGUCAACGUAGACAAAGUACUAAAAAGAGAUCAGAAGCUUUCAGAACUUGAUAACCGAGCAGAUGCUUUGCAAGCAGAGGCCUCACAAUUUGAAACCAGUGCAGCUAAGCUGAAGAGGAAAUACUGGUGGAAAAACUGUAAGAUGAUGAUUAUCCUGGGUGUAAUUUGUGCAAUCAUUCUUAUCAUAAUUAUAAUUUAUUUCUGCACCUGAAUACUAAGAUCAAAUGGCUUGGUGUGGCUACACUCAUCUUUUCGAUAAUUCCACAAAUGAAAUUGAAAUUUAAUUUUUACAUCUUGGGGCUGGUUGCUUGCAACUAUGUGUAAGGACUGUUUGUUUAGGGUUCACUUUUCAGGGUUUUUGUUUUGUUUUGUUUUGUUUGGGAGAAGGUGCUGUUCUUAGAAAAAAAAAGUGUGCCAGUUAAAAUACUGCCAACCAAUUUCACACAUCUUACUAUGUCUUAAAUUAUGAGAAUGCUGAUCUUUAAAAGUACUCAUUCAAAAAAAAUCACCAGUAUAAAAAUAAAAGGGAUGUUGCAAAUAGGCUUUAACUGAAAGGAUAUUAAGUAAUGGCAAGUUGUUUUCAAAAUUAAAUAUCUUUUAUACCAUAAAAACCUGAUUCAUAAGAGCUGAUCUUUAUAACAGCAGUUUAAAAUAGAUUCAUAGCAAUAUCUGGGGCUAUAAUAAGAAAAAGCUUGUAUCCUCCCCAUUCCUCAAGUUAAAGACAAAUAAUAAUAAUUUUAAAACUCAUAACAGAUUUUUAAGGCAAGGGUUCACAAAAUCUGGCAAUAUUCCGAGAUAUGAGUGGCUUAGGAAAUAAACUUACACUGUGAAAUCCAUGGCAGACAUCAUUGUUAACUUUUGAAGCAGCUUGAGAGUUCAUGACUAAGUUCCUAAGGUCACUCAAUAAUAUUUAUAUGCAAGCAAAGACUUGAUUUACCCUUUUCCACAUCUUCCAUUAGACCUGUGGUCAGCAUGUGGUAUUCUUGAGUAGCUGCUGAAGCUCCAGUGUCUAGUGAGAACUCACCACUGACACCUGACUUGCUUCUAUAUUGUUUUCUGGCAUUCAGUGUUAGAUACGUAGGUUAGCAACCCAUCAUUUACUUUUUACAAAAUAGCCUCCAAGAUCUUGCUGAACUACAGCUCCCAGCAUCCCUCAUUACUGUCCAUCCAGUUGCUAGGAAUUGCAUUUUUAUAAUCCCCUGGACCACAGAUCUUUACUAUUGACUCUAGAAUCGUACCAGACAAUUAGGAUCAAAUCCAGCAAUAUAAGAUCCAACAGAAUACUUUGCCAAGACUCUCCCUCUGUCAGAGCCAUUUGGAGCCAUUUGUAGGUACACACAUAGUCUAUAUUCAUUUUAUUAAAAUGAUCAAUGGAUCAAUGUUUAUACACAUGAUGAUAUUUAAAGGCAUAUCUAAUUAUAAAAAUAGAGUAAGAUAUUGUAAUUAAUUCAGGCUGAUGAGAAGCUGUUUUCAAUUAUGCUUUAUGUUUUGAUAUUGUUUAUUAUAGAAAACUUCAGAUACUUGCAAUCUUAAUUACACAGAAAUACACUGUACUCACUGUUGCUCCUGUUUUGGUCUGAGAUUAACGGCACAAAGAACAUAUGUACCGAUGAAGAAACAUUUCUUUAAAAAUGUCUUUACAAGGUAUAAUUGUGAUACAGAACUUCUAUUCUAGCUCUUUUUUUUUUUCAAGCCAAUGUGUCUUUAAUGGUUGGUUAUACAACUGUAAUUAGCCAGCUGUUAAACUAAAAUAUCUAGAUUUACAAUGCAAUAUAGCUAGGUUCAGGACGUGGGACAAGAAAAGUUGGUAUUUGACGCAAAAAUCCUUUAAUACUCUUAUUUCCUCCCUUACUCUAGAAAAUCAUUUUGCCCUAGCUGUGCUUUGUAAGACAUAGUAAAAUCUGUAUUUUUUGAAGUGUUGCUGAACUGCCACUCUCAGCAUCUCAUAUCACUGCUCAUACUGGUAGUUAUGUACAUCUGGAAGGUAUAAAUUCCAACUGCUCUAUAGUCUGACAACACCAGAGUUGGAAAAAGCAGUGCCGGGUGAAAUGGGCUGCACGGCUCAGGACUGCGUGGCUUCCAGGUUGGCCUUGUGGAUGAAGUAUUACACAAUCUUGCAUUCGACAGAAUGGCAUAGCUUCAAAUUAAAUCCUAAACUUCUGCUUAAACCAAAGUAUCUAAAACUAUGGGGACAGUGGUAUUAUCAUCUUCAUGCAGAUUCUUGUAAAAGCUGUAUUUUGUCAUUUUUGCAAAUUGUAUGAGGCCUAAGCACUUUCCUAGCUAGUUUCGUCUCAAGAUCUGUUGCAUUCCUGAAUUUGUGAAACUUUAUUUCAGAACUUCAUUCAUUGUGGAGCCAAUUACAUUUUUUCAUUAAAAUGUCUUAGCACAAUAGUGCAUUUGCACGUGUCAUAUUCACUGCUUUGUUAUUCUGAAUCUGUAAACAACUGCACCCAAAUAAUA